UUAUGUAUACUGUAAUUGAUACACCUUUUUUAUUCUGAAUAGUGACAGACAGAUAAAAUGUAUGGCAACUGGCGUUCAUGCUUAUGCCUUCCGGGAUGGUCUUGAAAACAUGAAGGGUCGUGGACAGGUGAUUGUGGUCCUUAAGAUGUGAAAGGUCUGGAAAUUUUUGAGUAAGUGUAGUUUAUGAGUAUGUGAUCUCUGCAAAAUUUUUGAGUAAGUGAUAGUUGAGUAAAACAUUUACUAAACUCAUUUACACAGGUUAUUUUGGUCCUCCUGAUAUAUGGCUUGAGACCGAUGGUGGAUUAUCUGACUUCAGGUUCAAUCCGCGUUUACCAGAGGUUGAGGAGUUCACGCAGUCUCUACUACGCAGUGACCCUUAUGUUCAGCGAUAUGGAGCUGUAGGUCUUUUGUAAAUCUUGUUGUUCUCAAUGUUCUCCAUCUUCGUACUUGUCUUAAACUUGGUGAAACUUUGUUUAAAUGUUGGUGAAACUAUGUCAAAUGUUAGUGAAACAUCGUGGUUUUACCUUUUUCAAUUUUCCAACUUGGAAAAAAAAAAGAUGAACUACAAGUUUGUGCUCAUAUAAACUGGUAAAAAUUUGUGUUUUCACUUAAUCAAUUGUCCAACUUUGUAAAACUUAGAAAAAGUUGAAAUUCGUUUUCGUAUAAAUAGGCCAGACUUUGUGUUACUUUCACUUUCUCAAUUGUAUAACAUCGUAAAAAUUAUAGAAACUUUUUCGAUAUAUCAAACUACAUAGUUAUUUAACUUCGCAUAACUUAGGAGAAACUUACAAAAAAACUUAGAAAAAAACAAAAAGUAGCUCGAAGUCUCUUAGGAAUUACUUCUUGUACAUCAUAAUUCCUAGAACUAAAACGACAGCAAGAAUAACACAACCUCCUGAUAUCUUUAUCUUGGGCUCCAUUAUUUUGGGACCUUCACUGAGUUCACUUUCACUCCUUAUUGUUGCUUUGAGAAAUUGAACUUCUUCUUCUAGCAUUCGAACUUGGUUGUCCAACUGUUGUAUCUCAUCAGUGAAAGCUUUAUCAACCCAUUUGAAGACAUGAUUGUCGUUCUCAAGCUAUAAUGGAUUAAACGUACCAUUAAAAGAAGAACGAGUAAGCCUUCAAUAACAAAAGCUAAACGGUUGUACCCUUAGUGACGCCGCAUAGAUACACCGAUAAUACCGGCGAUAUGGGUUUUGAUUGGUUUUGGAGGUGAUGCCCACCCCGCACCAACACUUACUAGGUAUUCCUGGAGUUCGUGCUCGUCUCCGACCACCGGUCGUGGAAGAUGAAGCGGACAUCUCCACUAUUUCUCUCUUGGGGUUGGGGGGAGUUCGAAUGGGAGAGAGAUAAAUUAGAGAAGAGAGACAAAGGAGAAGAUAGUGAAUGGGAAAAAACAAAAAAAGGUGUUUAAUACUUCGAUUAAACGAUUUUGGGGUUUUAUCAAACUGGGAAGAGGGAAAUUCAAAAUUCGAAAAGCUGGACGGGAAAUUUUAGCCAAGGAUUUUCGUGGUCGAAGUUUCACCAAGUUUUUAGUUUUACAGAAAACAUCAAAGUUGUACUUUUUAAUUAUUUCCAUUUAUAUUAGUCAUACUCUACUUGAAUAACUGAUUUUAUAGUUAUACCAAUUAUAUUAUGUUUCAUUGGUUUCUUUCUCAUACGAUCAUGUACACAUAAACUUGAUUUCCUACCAGUAGCAAAUUUUAAAAUGUAACGAGGUGAGUAUUAACGAAAAAGCGAUGAAAACUCAAUAUAUUUCCUAAAUGAUUGCUAACAAGCAAUGAAAUGAAAUUUUAUAAUUCUGAUUAAAUCAUAAUUUUAAUAAUAAAUCACCAUCUCAUCUUAUUACUUCCAUGACUUAUUAACAAAUUUAGAAUUUACAAUCAUAUUACUCAGUUUGCCUAUCGUAGUUAUACCAGUAAAGUUUAAAUUGACUAGUAACAACAUAAAUCCGAAACAUAAAUAAUGUGCCAAAGGGGUUGAUUGGUAAGAGUUGUGAUUUUAAUUUUUGGCUGUAGAAAUAUUGCUGUGAUCUUUUUUGCUUUGGUUUUAGAUUUUUAAUUUUUAAAAACCUUUAAAUUUGGGAUUUGGUAUUUGUUUCUGCGUAACAAUUAUAAAGAUAUAAUUUAAAAAAGUACCGUGGAUUUAAAAAAAAAAGAUGUGAGCUUUAUAAGAAAAUACAAAUCAAGAUUGAUGUAUAUCUACGAUUGUAGGUAUAAUUGUGGAUGUAGAGAGCAUCUGCAACAAUAUUCAGUCACACCAAAAAAAAAGGAAGAAUUUGACUGAAUAUCAAAAAUUAAUAUUGGUCCAGAAAAACAUUUGACUUUGAACAUACAAGCUAAUUUCCGGUCAACAUAUAAAUUUGUUUCAUAUUUACAUAUAUGCAAAUAAACUCUUAAUUACAACUGAAGUCAAACCCCGCUUUACUUUCCAAUCAAAUUUUCUAAUAUAUACGUAAUGCUUUAGAAAGCAAUCUUCAAAAUCUCUCAAGUCUCUCAAGCAAAACAAAAAAAACCCCUAAUUCUAUAAUUUAGACGAGACUCCAUUACCCUAAACAUGUCAUAUGGUUCGUGGUUUUUAGACGAGACUCCAUUACCAAAACUAGGCUUUCUCGGCCAAGGCAACAAUGGCUAUGUCACCCUGGUCCGAAACGGUGAUGGACUACUCAUGGCUAAGAAAACAUCUUUCGUCAAAUACUCAGAGGAUCUCGAGAAAGAAGUAAGGAUCAUGGAUCGCUUCUUUUCAAUCAAUUUCAACACCGUGAGAGCCACGAGCCCUGCUGUCUCCUACGAAACCAUGCCAUUGAACGUGAAAGUCUGUUCCAUUCACAUGGAAGUCGCACCGCAUGGUUCACUCAAAGACAUGCUGACCAAAGCCGGUGGGACAUUACCCGAGAACGUCAUCGGUUAUUGCAUUUUCCAGGUUCUUGAAGGGCUCAGGGAUCUUCACCAACACGGUUAUGUCCAUUGUGAUCUCAAGCCAGAGAACAUACUCAUCUUCCCGAGCUAUGCUCAUGAAGAUCUUUGCGAGCUCAAACUUGGUGACUUCGGUUCGGCUAAGGAACCCAAUGGACCUGAUCCAGUGAAUGGGUCUUUGUUUGAGGACAAUCCGGAGUAUUUGGCUCCUGAGGCAGUCGGGCCACGUGGAGUGAUCUCGUCGGCGGUUGAUAUCUGGUCCUUAGGUACCAUGGUGAUGGAAAUGAUGGGGGUUACUUUAAGAGGAAGGAGUGAUUACGUGCCGUGGAAUCUAUCGGAGAUGACUAGGGACUUUGUGAGGAGAUGUACAGAGAGGAGCCCUAGGGCUAGAGCCACUGCGGUGGAGCUCAUGAGUCAUGAGUUUGUUAGACAAAGUCUUGGGACUCCACCGCUUGAGCUGCUUCCAGUUCCUUCAUGCUUAAGUAAUGGAGUGGUUCAAGGAAGGCUCUUCUAGAAGAUAUAUGCUGGAAUGUGAUGAAGAGGGCCGUGAGAUUGCUGGUGGAGAUGAGCCGGAAAGGAAUGGUUUUUAUUUCGUUGGUGUCAAGUUAUUGUCGUUAAAAAUAUAAAAAAAAGUUAUUGUCGUUUAAUUUGCAUUUUGUUUCUUUUCUUUUUUUUUUUGGUUAAAAGCAUUUUGUUUCUUAUGUGUCUUAUUAAUAUAAACUCAUUUAGUUCACUUACAAAAAAAAAAAAUACAAACUCAUUUGGUGGCUUCAGGGGCCUAGUAGAGAAGUUCGGAGUCUUUCUCCGACCGAGCCUGUGAAAAGUUUAAGACACCUGUUUGUCUAGUGAACAACGAAGUCUCCUUUUCCUUCUUCUCCUCAUAUUUCUAUUGCUUCUCCACACGACGAAAAAUCUAGGGUUCCCGGUUUACUUUCGAUGAAGUUCUUGAGAUGGGGACUUUGGUCGUACGUGGAGACGAACCCACCGUUGUGUUGAAGAGGGAAGUGCUCUUAGAACCAUAUUUUGGGUUUUCCUCUGAUUCCAAAUAAAGGAAAUUGAAUAUUGUGGUGCAUUAGAUAGUAAAAAUUCAUGUGGUGUGUAUGUGUUGGGGUUGAAAUGGAUACAGGGCCACAAAUGAAUAAUUUUGGAUGUGUGUUAAUGUGGUUACGUGGGAGUUUAGUGAUCUGCUGAUUUAUCAGGCGUCAGAUUUUGCUAAUAGUAUAUCCCUAGAUUUUAUAAGGUCAACUAGGAUAAUAUUUCCUUCCUUGUUAGUAAUGUUGACAAAAUAAAAUUAAAAGCUACAGCAAUUUAUUUUAUUUUUUCGAAGAAGUCUGUGGAUAUUUUGUUUUCCCUCAAUUACACAAUCCAACGUGGAACAACUAGCGAAACAAAAAAAACAAUCUACAGCUUUUUACCACAUCAUCGAAUGAGUGAAUGACAUGUGGGAUACAAAGCUCAAAAUGAAAUAGUCUCUCCACCAUUCAUCACUGACUACAUCUGUUCAAGUGUUCUUGAUCUCAACCGGAAAAGAGAGUUGCGGCCUGCAAUGGUGGAAGUCAGACGGUUUUUUUUAUCUGCUUUUGUGUUUCCAUUGGGUCAUUGAUCUUUGAACUCAAAUUUAGUAAAGUCUCAACCUUCUUUAGUCUUCGCUCUGAUACGAGUGUUCCAUACAGCUUCGCAUGUCAGCUUGUAUCGAGGCACGACCCUGAUGAUGGCUUUCCGUUAAUGUGUUUCGCUCUACUCGGCUGAAGAAACUUGUUAUUCACAUAGUUUCUAGCUCUGAGAGGUGAACCAUCCAACGUUAAGUUUAAUUUUUUUUUCUUGUUCGAGGCUACAUAGCCUUUUCGGUUAUAUCUACAUGUAUGGAUCAGAUAUAAGACUUACGAGACACAAGGAUCAGCUUUUGCUUGGUAGGCACUCUGUUUAUUUUGAUAACUGAUGUCUGUUAAAAGCUCUUUGUGUCAUGUAAUGUUCAUGUUUACGGUUUUACCUAUAGAGGGUUUUAAUCCAUGAUACGUCUUUGUUACCUAUAUAUAUUUUUAAUCCAUGAUACGUCUUUGCAUCUUUCCAAAUUGAACCAUUUCCUAUUUAA